GCAUAGAACCGGAAACCAGGAAGCACGGCAGCAACAUGUAAUAACCUGCCACAGAGAUGUUGUGUAACAGCUCAUUUUCCUCUGCAGCUUCAUCACCAUGCCAGUAGAAGGUACAGAGGACCAGGUGCCCUCCUCCCUCUCCAGCCCGGCCAGUGCUGCUCUCACCCCGGGAGGGACAGAGGAGGAUGGGGCUGCAGGGGGCACAGCAUCCUGCACUUUCCCCGAGAAGAGUCAAGGCUCUGAGGCUGCCGCAACUUACCCUGCUACCAGUGAACCAGAAGAGGGGACCAGUGGUGUGAAGAGAUCUGGUGCCUUGCUGCAAAUCAACCGACAGCGUAUACAAGCAGCAUCUGCCAGUUCUGGGGCACAUGAGUUGCAGGGGCUUGGUGUGGCUGUGUAUGACCAGGAUGUAUUGGAGCAAGGUGUCCUGCAGCAGGUGGAUGAGGCCAUCUUUGAAGCCAGUCAGGCUGCUGCAAAAGCUGAGGCAGAGAAGGAAUACCAGUCUGUGCUGGAUGAUGUCAGGUCAGUCACAGGCUCUCUGAAACAAAUCAACAAGAUCAUUGAGCAGCUUACUCCCUAUGCCGCAUCCAGCAAAGACAUCAGUAGGAAGAUUGAAUCUGUUAAACGACAGAAAGAAAAUAAGGAGAAACAGCUGAAGAAAAUCCGUGCCAAACAGAAGAGACUUCAGGCUAUUUUGGGGGGAGAUGACUCCCAGAGAGUCGAAGCUGAGUUUUUGGCAGAUGACGAUGAGGAAGAAGAAGCUGGACCAUCCACACUUGGCAGCAUGCUUAUGCCAGCUCAGGAGACAGAAUGGGAAGAGCUUAUCCGCAAAGGUCACAUGACUCCAUUUGGAACAAGAAUUCCCCAGAAAGAGGAAAAAAAAGAGCCUCGAAAAGUGAUGCUUGCUGAGAACUCAGCGUUUGACCAGUACCUGGCUGACCAGGCCAAACUGGCCACUGAAAGAAAGAAAGUCCCACUUCUAAAGAGGAAGAACUCCAGUUUCAGUCAUGAUGGAAAAGGAAAGGGAAAAAAGAGCAGAACUUUAUCUUCCCCCAAGGAUAAAAAGCUGCAAAAGCGCAUGCGAAAGCUCCAAAUAACUGCUUUGAAAGCUCACCCUAAAUCUCGCCCCAGGCCUGAACCACAGCUCCCUAAGCCCAGGAGAAAGCAUCACACUGAGGAGGGAGAGAUGGACAGUGAGGGAUCAGAGUACCUGCCCAGUGAUGAGGGUAUAGAUCUUGACCAAGAGGAGAGAGAAGCUAUGGAAGAGGGGUUUGGGGAGGAUGAUGAUGAAGAGUACGAAUUAAAACCAUACAGGAAAAAGACUGAAAGGAGAGGGAGGAAGAAGGUAAAGAAAGAGGAGAGUGAGGAAGAAUACUGUCCUGAGAGUUCUGAUGAUGAAGAAGGUGAUGAGAAGAAGGGCAAAGAAAAAAAAGUCAAAGAUGAUGGAGAUGUGGAAUACUACAGACAGAGAAUACGGAGAUGGAAGCGGCAACGUCUGCGAGAAAGGGAGGAGAAGAGGCAAAGAUGUGAGGAGUUUUCAGAUGAAAGUGAUGCAGAGUUUGAUGAGGGGUUCAAAGUGCCUGGCUUCCUCUGGAAAAAACUUUACAAGUACCAACAGACAGGUGUGCGAUGGAUGUGGGAACUCCAUUGUCAGCAGGCAGGUGGCAUCUUGGGAGAUGAGAUGGGAUUGGGUAAAACCAUCCAGAUCAUCAGCUUUCUGGCUGGAUUGAGCUACAGUAAACUGAGGACCAGAGGAUCCAACUACAGGUAUGCCGGCUUGGGUCCUACAGUUAUUGUGUGUCCAGCAACAGUCAUGCAUCAGUGGGUGAAGGAGUUUCACACCUGGUGGCCACCUUUCAGAGUGGCUGUUCUACAUGAAACAGGCUCUUUCACUAGCAAUAAGGAAAAACUGAUUCCAGAGAUUGCAUCAUGUCAUGGGAUCCUGAUAACCUCUUAUUCAGCAGUGAGGAAUAUGCAGGAUGCCCUGCAGCGGUACGACUGGCAUUAUAUUAUACUGGACGAGGGCCAUAAAAUCAGGAAUCCAAAUGCUGGAGUUACAACUGCCUGCAAACAGUUUCGCACUCCCCACCGGUUCAUCCUGUCAGGUUCCCCUAUGCAGAACAAUUUAAAGGAGCUGUGGUCACUGUUUGACUUUGUCUUCCCUGGAAAAUUGGGAACGUUACCUGUGUUUAUGGAGCAAUUUUCAGUCCCAAUCACCAUGGGAGGCUACAGCAAUGCCUCACCUGUUCAGGUACAGACAGCUUUUAAGUGUGCAUGUGUGCUGAGGGACACCAUAAAUCCUUACCUGCUCAGACGAAUGAAGGCAGACGUCAAGGCCAACCUCUCCUUACCUGACAAAAAUGAACAGGUUCUGUUUUGCAGAUUAACAGAGGAGCAGCGGCAGGUCUAUCAGAACUUCUUAGAUUCCAAAGAGGUCUACCAGAUACUAAAUGGUGAUAUGCAGGUUUUCUCAGGUUUGAUAGCACUGCGGAAAAUCUGUAACCACCCAGACCUUUUCUCGGGCGGACCCAAGAUGCUGAGGGGAAUCCCAGAGGACCAGCUGACUGAGGAGGAACACUUUGGUUUUUGGAAACGUUCAGGCAAACUGAUUGUGGUGGAGUCACUCCUGCGUCUCUGGUUCAAACAGGGCCAGCGAGUACUGCUCUUCACUCAGUCUAGACAGAUGUUGCACAUCUUAGAGGUGUUUGUGAGGGAAAAUUACUACUCAUACUUGAAAAUGGAUGGUACUACCACAAUAGCUUCCCGACAGCCCCUCAUCGCACGUUUCAACGAGGACAAAUCCAUUUUUAUCUUCUUGCUGACCACUAAAGUCGGAGGUCUGGGAGUCAAUCUGACUGGAGCCAACAGAGUCAUCAUCUACGACCCAGACUGGAACCCCAGUACUGACACACAGGCACGAGAGCGCGCAUGGAGAAUUGGUCAAAAGCAGCAAGUGACUAUUUACAGACUGCUGACUGCAGGGACCAUAGAGGAGAAAAUCUACCACAGGCAAAUUUUCAAACAAUUUCUAACCAACCGUGUUCUGAAGGAUCCGAAACAAAGGCGUUUCUUCAAGUCUAAUGACAUUUAUGAGCUCUUCACUCUGGCUGAUCCUGACCGAACUCAGGGAACAGAGACUAGUGCUAUUUUUGCCGGUACAGGCUCUGAUGUCAAGGCGCCAAAGAAACUGGAGCGAUCAAGGCCAUUCCACAUGGGAACCCAAAGCAUACAUACACAGAAACAGUCCUCCGCCAACCAGAAUGCAAUCAACAGAACCUCUUCAUCAGAUGUUCCUGUAUCAGGAAAUGGAGUUUCCUCUCUAUGUAGUUCAAAUUCUCAGAGCAAACCAAAUGUCCUGCUGGCCAGUCAAAGCAUGGACCAAAAGGAUGUGGAUCUGCCAGAUAUUUCAGUAAAUACACAGCAUGCUAGCCUAAAUAAUAGAGACUUGAGUGAUGUGAAGCCAGUAGUCAAACACUCCAACUUAUCCAGCUCACACCAACGUAGAAACAAAGACAAUACCCUGACUAGUCCUCAGAAACAUACAGAAAAGCGCAAACACUGUGACUCAACUAACACUGACAAACGUAAACAUAAGAAACGCAAACACUCCCAUGAUGCUCGGUUCGAAGGCCACCGCAUUUCUCACUUGGUAAAGAAAAAGACUUACAAUAAAGCAGAGGAUGAAGACAAUGAGCAGCAAGACCGGAAGAAAUCAGAUGAUUAUGUUCUGGCAAAGCUCUUCAAGAAAUCAGGUAUCCACAGUGUGAUGCAGCAUGACACCAUCAUGGACUCGUCCAACCCCGAUUAUGUAUUGGUAGAGGCAGAAGCCAACAGAGUGGCCAAGGAUGCUUUGAAAGCCCUUAAAAUUUCUCGGCAAAAGUGCAGGCUGCCAUAUAAUAAUACUCCUCCACCACCUGCAAGGAAACGGUUUGGACAAAAGAAAAAUUCUCUUCUGGCUGCACCAUCUGUUCAGUCUGUCUCUACUUCAAGUAAAUGCAAGGAUGCUGCUAUUAUAAAGAAGUCUGUUUCAAAGAAGCCGGGCUCAGGAGCCCAUUUCAGUGGAGAGGGGCCAGAAAGUGACUCAGGCUCCGCCCCCCUUUCCUCCUCCUCCCUGCUGGCCAAGAUGAGAGAACGCAAUUACCAGCCUUCCAGCCACAGAGAUGAAGAGGAGGAAGAGGAUGUGUCUGUAGCUGAACGAAGAAACUCCCCUCCAGCUCCACCCACUGAGCACGACGAGCUGUUGGUGGAUCUACGUAACUUUGUAGCCUUCCAGGCUCAUAUGGAUGGACAAGCCAGCACGCAGGAAGUGCUGGAAUAUUUUAAACCUAGACUGACCCAGGAACAGGCGCCUGUGUUCAGAGAGCUGCUGAGGAGCAUCUGUGACUUCCAUAGGACAUCUGGUCAAGAAGGCAUCUGGAGACUGAAGGAACACUUCCGCUAAAAGAGACAAAAGCUGAAAUAGGAUGUGUUUGAAUAUUUGCCAGCUAUGACAUAAAUAUAUUUUUGUUUAGGUUGUCUUUUGCUUCCUUAACUUCAGUGUCUAUUGGGCACAUUAGGUCAAGAAGCGAAGUGACUGAAGUACUUUUUUUUUUUUUUUUUUUAAGAACCACAUGAAGCCAUUUUGCAUUGUAGUACAUCCUUAGGUUGCAGAUUAAUGUUUAUUAUCUAGUCGAUUAAGCUUAGAGGGAGGGUUUUUUUUAUCAGAGUUUAAGUGAAUUUUUGGUUUGCACUUGGACUACUGCAAUUCCUUUGUUUUCUGUUCUUUUUUUUGUACCUGGUCAUACUUGAAAUUACCUGUAAAAGUAAAAACUGUUUUCUUUUGAGUAAUUAUUUACUCAGAUGCAUUUUUUCAGACAUACCUGGACUUGCAUCACUUGUCAGAUUUUGUAACAUGCUUCUAUGAAACAAAUGGAGUUGUGUCAUUUUGUGAAUAUGAUCACAUUGUCAUACAUUUUUUACUUUGGACAUAGUGUGGUUAUGGUCACUAAAGUAACAUUUAAAUAACCUUCGGUUGUUGGUGAGAAAUCAGCAUUUGGCUGGUUCUGAAAGCACGUGAUUUACUGUUUUUAUAUUUUAUUCAAUAAAAGUAAUUAAAGUAUUU